UUCACACGAAAAAUUAUGGCAACUCUGAUUUGUUGUCGAUAGAAUAAGCGAAAUGUGCUCCUGCAGUAUACGUUGCUGCUUCUUGUAUAGCUUGAUUAUCUUCUCCUUCGUUUAUUACUACAACGAUGUAGUGGUCGACAACAUAAUCUUCGAGGAGCACCAUCUUGUGGAAAAAUACUCUGUGGACACGAAGGGCUGUCGUAUGUUGACUAUGGUUCCCAAUGAAUACGACGUAAUGUUCCUGUGGCGCGGCCUUCGUAGAGACUUUUGCGCCAGCAACCUAAACCUGACGUCCUUCAGCAAUUGCACCUACAACUACCUGAGGACGGAAGUGAACAUGGAGUUGGCUAAAGCGAGGUUCGGCGUCGAGACUUUGGAAAGUUUUAAGUGCAUGUAUUAUGCCAUGGAGCGACACACCGAUUUCGACAAUCGCUACUUGUAUAGUCGGGAAUUCGAGUUGCUAACGGAUGGUAAUAAUACAAUUGAGCCCCAUGCGGAUAUCAUAAGGGCUGAGUGCUUUAUCAACGCUACGAGCAUCUACAACGGAGUUCAUUUUUACGUUCAUCCGACCGACGAAUGGCUGCGCACCGCCCAGGGUCUCCCACCUCUGAAGCUGGCUUCCGACGUCGGCAGUUUGUCAGUGUUGAUCGUGGGCCUAGAUUCUAUUUCCCAAAUGCAUUUCCACAGGAGCAUGGCUCGCACAGCCAACUUUCUGCUAUCACUUCCGCACGUGGAACUUAAGGGGUUCAAUCGGUUGGGUGAGGACGGCUUCGAUAGUCUGAUGCCGUUGCUUAGCGGUCUAAGUGGGCAGGAAUUGAAGGACGUUUCGUCGAACCUCAGCAGUCUGGACAGCUGUCCUUUUAUCUGGAAGGUUUUCCAAAAAGCCGGCUACGAAACGGGCCUGGGAGAGGACAACAUAGACAAGAGUCUGUUCGUGAAGGGGUUUCGUAAGCCGCCAACAGACUUUUACUUACGGCCUGCUCUUCUAGAGAUGUGGCUGAAAACGAGAACGGACGGAUUAUUUGGCACACACUGCAACGAGAAGGACAAUUACGCAAUGGUGCUUAGGGAGUUCUUAUUCAAGAUGCUUCCUCAUCAUACAUCGCACAGGUUCUUUACGUUCCUUUGGUGGACCCAGGGCAUCGAUCACUUGUUUAACUAUGGACGGAAACUGGACCAACCAUUCCUGAAAAUGUUCAAAGCCAUAGGACGGAGUGGUCUGCUUAAGAACACGGUGCUUUUGGUGGUUUCCAACCAUGGGUUAAAUAAAGGCCGAUUUUACAAAACCGUGCAGGGCAAAGUGGAGGAGAGUCAACCCCUGGCGAUACUUUGCUACCCCAGGUGGCUGGAAGAACGAUAUCCGCAGGCCAUAGGCAAUUUAAAGAGUAACAAUCGUCGUCUGGUCACCGCCUUUGAUUUACAUGCCACUCUCCAGAACUUACCUAACCUGACCUCCCUGGAAGAUGAGCAACUGCAGCAGCGCAGAGUGGAUUUAUGGGCAAUGGGGAAAGACAUUCCGCGAGGAAUAAGUCUUUUCUUGCCCAUUCCAGACCAUAGAGACUGUUUCUUGGCCGCCAUACCCACGGCGAACUGCCUGUGUCAGCAGCCUAGAAAUGUCUCGACUUCAGAUGGCUAUGUUCAGCGGGCAGCCCGUCUCAUUAUUCGAAACCUCAAUAAGAUGAUCCACACACACACUCCGCCUUGCAAGACUUUAUACCUGGAUCGGGUAUUGACUGCCGAUAAGUGGAGACGCAUCGCAGAUGAGCAUCAGUCGGAAUUUAGGGUGCGACUGAUAGCCACUCCUGGCGAGGGUCAGUUUGAAGGAAUCGUUAGGUAUACAGGAUAUAAGCUAGCUGUAGACGGGCAUAUAUCACGCGUUAAUGACUAUAGAAAUGGCUCGCAGUGCAUUAGGAACUACUUGAUUGAAAUGUAUUGCUUUUGUCCUUAAGCCAACACUUAUCUCAUUUCAAAUUCUUUUAUUUAUAACUUGUAAACUAAUAUUACAUUAAUAGUUUUUGGC